UACUAGUUAAACCAAUUUCACACACAAAAGGCAAAAGGACCCCCCCUUACCCCCCCCCCUCUCACCAUUUUUCUCUUUCUUGGCUUUGGGGUUUUCCUUGUUCUUCUCCUUCUUCUUCUCUCUGUAAACCCUAUUUUCUGUACAGUCUCUGCAACACUCUCUGGAUGAGUCACCCGUCCGUGACUUUGUUAACUCAGUGAAUACAAGGAGAGAAAGUAGAGGUUGGAUAUGACGACCUUAAGAUCGAGUUUGCCGUCCAGGUUACGGCAACUUCUCUCCAGCGAAGGAGCCAUUGGUCCAUCUAUUAAACUCGACUCUGAGCCUCCCCCCAGAAUAAAGGCUUUUAUUGACAAGGUCAUCCAGUGUCCAUUACAAGAUAUAGCAAUACCUCUUUCUGGUUUCCGCUGGGAGUAUGGCAAGGGAAAUUUUCAUCACUGGAGACCAUUGUUUCUACAUUUUGAUACAUAUUUCAAGACGUACUUAUUUAGUAGGAAAGAUCUUGGCUUGUCUGAUAACAUAUUAGGAGAUGAUAGCCCUUUCCCCAAGCAAGCAGUUCUACAGAUCUUACGUGUGAUGCAGAUCAUAUUAGAGAAUUGUCAUAACAAGGGUUCAUUUAGUGGCUUGGAGCAUUUCAAGCUUUUGUUGGCUUCAACAGAUCCUGAGAUCCUCAUUGCUUCUUUAGAGACUCUUGCUGUAUUAGUAAAAAUAAAUCCAUCGAAGCUGCAUGCAAGUGGUAAAUUGGUUGGGUGUGGUUCUAUAAAUAGCUGUCUCCUGUCACUUGCGCAGGGGUGGGGAAGCAAGGAAGAAGGUCUGGGCUUGUAUUAUUGUGUUACUGUAAAUGAAAGAAGUCAGGAUGAAGGCCUAUCUUUGUUUCCAUCCAAUGUGGAAAAUGAUGGUGACAAGUCACUUUAUCACUUGGGGUCCACCCUUUAUUUUGAGUUGCAUAGUGCCAAUGCCCAAAGCAAUACUGAAGCUGAGGAUGGUGCAGUAUCAACAAGCAUGAGUGUAAUUAACAUACCUGAUCUCCAUGUACGGAAAGAGGAAGAUCUGUCGCUAAUGAAGUUCUGCAUUGAGCAGUACAAUGUUCCUCCUGAGCAAAGGUUUGCGUUGCUGACAAGAAUCAGAUAUGCACACGCAUUCCGUUCCCCCAGAGUAUGCAGGCUUUACAGCAAGAUAUGUCUUCUUGCUUUCAUUGUGCUUGUCCAGGCUAGUGAUUCCCAUGAUGAACUUGCAUCCUUUUUUGCUAAUGAACCCGAAUACACAAAUGAGUUGAUCAGGAUUGUCAGAUCUGAAGAAACCAUCUCUGGAAAUGUUAGAACACUGGCAAUGAAUGCCUUGGGGGCACAAUUAGCUGCUUAUGCAUCAUCACAUGAGCGGGCGAGGAUUUUGAGUGGAUCAAGCAUCAGUUUUGCUGGUGGUAAUCGCAUGAUCCUCCUGAAUGUUUUACAGAGAGCAAUCUUGUCACUAAGCAGCUCAAAUGAUUUGUCAUCAGUAUCCUUUGUUGAAGCUGUUCUGCAGUUUUACCUGCUACAUGUCAUAUCCUCUUCAAGCUCUGGUAGCGUUAUUCGAGGGUCUGGAAUGGUGCCAACAUUUCUGCCUCUUGUAGAGGACGCUGAUCCUGCACAUAUACAUCUUGUUUGCCUGGCUGUGAAAACACUGCAAAAGCUUCUGGAUUAUAGUAAUGCAGCAGUAACCCUUUUCAAAGAUCUAGGUGGAGUUGAGCUUUUGGCUAAUAGGUUACAGAUAGAAGUGCACAGAGUGAUUGACGUGGCUGGAGAUGAUGACAAUUCUAUGCUUAUUGGUGAGCUUUAUAAAUCUAAUGAAGAACAAGUAUAUUCUCAAAAGAGACUUAUUAGGGUCUUAUUGAAGGCACUUGGGUCUGCUACCUAUGCUCCUGCAAAUUCGACCAGAUCACAGGGUUCUAAUGAUGCAUCUUUACCCGCCACUUUGUGUCUGCUAUUUAGUAAUGUGGAAAAAUUUGGAGGUGAUAUCUAUUCCUCGGCCGUGACUGUUAUGAGUGAAAUAAUUCACAAAGACCCGACAUGUUUUCCUGCUCUGCAUGAGUUGGGUCUUCCUAUUGCUUUUUUGUCUUCAGUGAUAUCUGGGAUACUACCGUCUCCAAAAGCUCUUACUUGUGUACCUAAUGGUCUCGGUGCAAUUUGCCUUAACCCGAAGGGACUGGAGUCUGUAAAAGAAACUUCAGCAUUGCGUUUCCUUGUUGACAUAUUUACCAACAAGAAGUAUGUGGUAGCUAUGAAUGAAGGUAUUGUCCCAUUGGCAAAUGCUGUAGAAGAGCUGUUGCGCCAUGUAUCUUCACUGAGAGGUACUGGAGUGGAUUUAAUAAUUGAGAUUGUGAACAGUAUUGCUUCACGCGGUGAUGGUGAACAUGCCGAGUCAUCAGGGAAAUCAAGUGAGACUACUGCAAUGGACACGGACACAGAUAACAGAGAGAGUGUUGCAUCCAGCUCAUUGGCUGAAUCAACUUAUUCAAAUGGGGAAACUAUCAGCAAUGAGCAGUUCAUUCAGUUGGCUGUCUUUCAUGUAAUGGUACUUGUUCAUCGUACAAUGGAGAACUCUGAAACUUGUCGGUUAUUCGUGGAGAAGUCGGGCAUUGAAUCUUUGUUGAAACUACUCCUACGGCCGAGUGUUGCACAGUCAUCUGAAGGGAUGUCCAUAGCAUUACACAGCACCAUGGUCUUCAAGACUUUCACCCAACACCACUCUGCUGCGCUGGCUCGUGCUUUCUGUUCCUUUCUCAAGGAUCAUUUGAAAAAAGCGCUGUCUGGAUUUGAUGUGGUUUCUGGUGCUUUUAUGUUGGAUCCUAAAAGUAUUCCAGAUAGGACAUUCUCUUCACUUUUUCUAGUUGAGUUUCUUUUAUUUCUGGCUGCCUCCAAAGACAACCGAUGGGUAACUGCUCUUUUAACAGAGUUUGGAAAUGGCAGCAAAGAUGUCUUGGAAGAUAUUGGUCGUAUUCAUCGUGAAAUUCUUUGGCAGUUGGCGUUGCUUGAAGAAUCUAAGGUUGAUGUUGAGGAAGGUAGUGCUGGUGUAACUGAUGAGGCACGACAGUCAGAUUUGAGUGCAACUGAUUCUGAAGAACAAAGGUUAAAUUCCUUCAGACAGUUCCUUGACCCCUUACUUCGCAGAAGGAUGUCAGGGUGGAGUUUCGAAUCACAGUUUUUUGAUCUGAUCAAUCUGUAUCGAGAUCUGACUAGAGCUUCUAGUCUUCAGCAACGUCAGACCACUGAUGGUCCUUCAAAUGUCCAGAUAGAAACUAGUCAUCAAUCACAACCAGCAGGUUCUCUUGAUGACGCUGGUGCCAGUAAUCGAAAAGAGGACAAACAGAGGUCCUAUUAUCAUUCCUGCCGUGAUAUGGUGAAAUCCCUGUCAAUCCAUAUCACUCAUUUGUUUCAAGAGAUGGGCAAGGUGAUGCUACUUCCAUCACGUAGGCGGGAUGAUACACUCAAUGUGUCAGCUCCGUCAAAAUCUGUUGCUUCAACUUUUGCUUCAAUUGCUAUUGAUCACAUGAAUUUUGGAGGUCAUGUAACUUCUGGAUCGGAGGCAUCUGUGUCAACCAAAUGUCGUUAUUUUGGCAAGGUUAUUGAAUUUAUUGAUGGUAUUCUGCUGGACAAGCCUGAUUCUUGCAAUGCUGUUAUAUUAAAUUGCCUUUAUGGGCGUGGGGUUAUUCAGUCAGUGUUAACCACGUUUGAAGCUACUAGUCAGUUGCUCUUUGCCGUCAAUAGAGCUCCUACUUCUCCUAUGGAGACUGAUGAGACACAUACCGGGCAGGAUGGAGUUGAGGAUGCGGACCGUUCAUGGAUAUAUGGUCCCUUAGGUUGUUAUGGGAAGCUGAUGGAUCAUCUGGCGACUUCAUCUUUAAUUCUAUCUCCUUUCACAAAGCAUUUACUGACUCAACCUUUGGUAAGUGGUGAUAUCCCAUUUCCACGGGAUGAGGAGACAUUUGUGAAGGUUCUUCAAUCCAUGGUAUUGAAGACUGUACUUCCCGUUUGGACUCAUCCACAAUUCACAGAAUGCAAUUAUGAUUUCAUUGCAUCUGUUCUCAACAUCAUUAGACACAUCUACUCUGGAGUAGAAGUCAAAAACACAAACAGUACUGCUGCUCGUGUGUCUGGUCCUCCCCCAAAUGAAACUACAAUUUCUACUAUUGUUGAAAUGGGGUUCUCCAGGAAUAGGGCGGAAGAGGCUUUGAGGCAGGUUGGUUCAAACAGUGUUGAGCUGGCAAUGGAGUGGUUGUUCUCGCAUCCUGAGGAAGUACAAGAAGAUGAUGAACUCGCCCGUGCCCUUGCCAUGUCACUUGGGAACUCUGGAUCGGAGGUAAAGGAAGAUGUUCCCAAAGAAAGCAGCGUGACCAUUGAAGAAGAAGUGGUUCAGCCUCCUCCUGUUGAUGAGUUGUUGUCCACAUGCCGAAAGCUUUUACAGAUGAAAGACUCUCUUGCUUUUCCUGUCAGGGAUCUUCUUGUGAUGAUAUGCUCCCAAAAUGAUGGUGAACAUCGGUCAGCUGUGGUUUCAUUUAUCGUUGAACAAGUGAAGCUUUCUAGUAAUGUCUCCGAGGAUGAAAACCGCAGCAUUCUUUCUAAUCUCUUUCAUGUUCUUGCUCUGAUUCUUAAUGAAGAUACUGAUGCCAGAGAGAUAGCUGCAAAGAAUGGUUUAGUGAAGGUCUCGUCUGUUCUUCUUUCACAAUGGAUUUCCAGUACAUUUGAUAGGGAGAAAGUUCCCAAAUGGGUGACAGCAGCUUUUGUUGCUAUUGAUCGGCUUGCUCAAGUGGAUCAGAAGUUGAAUGCUGAUAUACUGGAACAGCUGAAGGGAGACGAUGCUACACAGAAAUCAGUUUUGAUAAACGAGGAUAAAUAUAAUAAGUUGCAGUCUUCUUUGUCUCCAAAAUAUCUGGAUGUUCAAGAGCAGAAGCAGCUUGUUGAAAUAGCUUGUGGUUGUAUGAGGAACCAGCUUCCCUCGGAAACAAUGCAUGCUGUGUUGCAGCUGUGUGCAACUCUUACAAGAACUCACUCUGUUGCUGUUAACUUUCUGGAUGCUGGUGGAUUGCAGUUGCUGCUUUCCUUGCCAACAAGCAGCUUGUUUAUUGGGUUUGACAAUAUCGCCGCUACUAUAGUAAGACAUAUUCUUGAGGAUCCCCAGACUCUACAGCAAGCUAUGGAAGCAGAGAUCCGGCAUAAUGUUGUAUCUGCUUCUAAUAGACAGUCAAGUGGAAGGCUCACACCUCGUAAUUUCCUGUUAAAUUUGACUUCUGUUAUUCAGCGGGAUCCAGUGAUUUUCAUGCGGGCUGCUCGUUCUGUGUGCCAGGUGGAGAUGGUUGGUGAACGACCUUAUGUAGUCUUGUUGAGGGACCGUGACAAGGACAAAAAGGACAAAGACAGGGAGAAAGAGAAAUCAGAAGACAAAGAUAAAAUGCAGAAUGCAGAUCUGAAGUCUGGUGUUGGUAAUGUGAGCCAUGGAGUACACGGCAAGAGUCUUGAUGCGAGUUCUAAGAAUGUCAAAGUUCAUCGAAAGCCGCCUCAUAGCUUUGUAAGCGUUAUUGAGCUUCUUUUGGAUCCAGUUGUCAAGUUUGUUCCUCCAUCGAAAGAUGAACCGGCAACAAAAGAGAGCCUUAGUUCAACAGAUAUGGAGAUUGAUAUGUCUGCGAACAAGGGUAAAGGGAAAGCUAUCGCCUCUGCUUCUGAAGCAAGUGAAGCUGAUAACCAUGAAUUGUCUGCAUAUAUGGCUAAGAUUGUUUUCAUUUUGAAGCUUCUGACUGAGAUUCUUUUGAUGUAUACUGCUUCAGUUCACAUUUUGCUUAGAAAAGAUUCUGAAGUUAGCAGUUGCUUAGCUGUUCCUCUACGGACAGGGCACCUUGCUGGUGGAAUUUUUCAUCAUAUUCUUCAUAACUUUUUACCGUAUACCAAGUGUUCCAGGAAAGAGAGAAAACCUGAUGUGGACUGGAGGCAAAAACUUUCAAGCAGAGCUAGCCAGUUUCUCGUGGCAUCUUGUGUUCGCUCCACUGAGGCAAGGAAAAGAAUCUUUACAGAGAUUAACAGUGUGUUUAGUGAUUUUGUUGAGUUUGGAAGUGGUUUUAGGGCACCUGGAAUAGAAAUUCAAGCUUUUAUUGAUCUUCUCAGUGAUGUACUGACGGCUCGCGCACCUACAGGUUCUUCCAUCUCAGCAGAAGCUUCAGCUACUUUCAUAGAUGUCGGUCUGGUUCAAUCUCUGACACGAGCUCUUCAUGUCUUGGACCUGGAUCAUACUGAUUCUUCCAAGGUUGUUACUGGUGUUGUGAAAGUUCUGGAGUUGGUAACAAAGGAGCAUGUCCAUGCUGCUGAGGCCAAUGCUGGGAGGGGAGAACAGUCAACAAAAACUCAGGAUCAUAAUCAAUCUGGAACUACUAUUGAUGCCCUUGCAGUCCUGGCUAAUGAAACUUUAUCACAGCCUAAUGUGAAUUCAGUGCCAACAGAUCACAUUGAGCCCUUUGGCGCAGCUCAAAACUUUGGUGGGUCUGAAGCUGUCACUGAUGAUAUGGAACAUGACCAGGAUAUUGAUGGAGGUUUUGGUCCAUCCAAUGAAGAUGAUUACAUGCAUGAAAGUACUGAGGACACUAGAAAUCUGGAAAAUGGCCUUGAGAUAAGAUUUGAAAUCCAGCCUGAUGUACAAGAGCAUCUUGACGAAGAUGAGGAUGAUGAGGACGAUGAUGAUGAUGAUGAGAUGUCAGGUGAUGAAGGAGAUGAGGUUGAUGAAGACGAAGAGGGGGAUGAAGAACAAAAUGAUCUUGAGGAAGAUGAAGCUCAUCACUUACAACAUCCUGAUACUGAUCAAGAUGACCAAGAAAUAGAUGAAGAUGACUUUGAUGAGGAGGUAAUGGAUGAAGAGGAAGAAGAGGAUGAGGAUGAGGAGGAUGGUGUAAUACUUCGUCUGGGUGAUGGAAUGAAUGGAAUAAAUGUAUUUGACCAUAUUGAAGUUUUUGGUCGAGAGCAUAGUCUCUCCAGUGAAACUUUACAUGUUAUGCCUGUUGAAGUUUUUGGCUCUAGGCGCCAGGGGCGUACGACGUCCAUCUACAAUCUUUUGGGAAGAGGUGGUGACAGCAUUGCUCCUUCACAACAUCCCCUUCUGGUGGAACCCUCUUCCUUGCUGCAAUUGGGUCAGCCACGGCAAUCAGAGAGUAUUCGUGAUGCUUAUUCCGAUAGGAGCUCAGAAGGAACCUCAUCGCGCUUGGAUUCUGUUUUCCGUUCUCUGCGGAGCAGCCGCCACGGUCAACGGUUCAAUUUUUGGUCCAAUGAUAACCAACAAAGUGGUGGAUCAGGUGCCUCUGCUCUUCCACAGGGUUUUGAGGAUUUGCUUGUUUCCCACUUGAGGCGACCAGGCACUGAGAAAUCAGCUGAUCGAGUUACUACAGAGGGGUCUCAGAAUAGAGGUGAGGCCACCCAAUUUGCUGGAUCAGGUGAAAUGGCAACUGAAAGUGUUGUGGAGAACAAUAGCAACAAUGAAGCCAGAGAUGCCUCUGCCCCCUCAACAGUUUUGGAUGAAUCUGGUGGUGCUAAUGUGACACCUGUAGCAAAUGUGUCUUCUCAGGGAACAGAUGCACCAAGUAGCCAAUCUCAACCUGUCGAAAUGCAGUUUGAACAGAAUGAUGUUGCCAUAAGGGAUGUUGAGGCAGUUAGCCAAGAAAGCGGUGGAAGUGGUGCAACUCUGGGUGAAAGUCUUCGAAGUCUUGAUGUUGAAAUUGGAAGUGCAGAUGGGCAUGAUGAUGGUGGCGAUAGGCAAGGUUCAGCAGAUGCUCGAACUAGGAGGACUAACGUAUCGUUUGGAAAUUCUACUCAGGUAAGUGCCAGGGAUGUCGCCCUUCACAGUGUAUCUGAAGCUUCAGAACAUCCAAAUCAAGAAGCAGAACAAAGUGGACCCAAUGAGGAACAGCAACGUAAUGUAGAUGCUGAUUCUGGAUCAAUUGAUCCUGCAUUUUUAGAGGCGCUUCCUGAGGAGUUGCGAGCCGAGGUUCUCUCAGCUCAACAGGGUCAAGCAACUCAACCACAAAAUUCCGAGCCUCAAAAUGGUGGAGAUAUUGAUCCAGAAUUUCUGGCAGCCCUUCCGUCUGACAUCCGAGAAGAAGUGUUGGCACAGCAGAGGGCACAGCGGCUGCAGCAGUCACAAGAAUUAGAAGGCCAGCCUGUUGAGAUGGACACUGUGUCAAUUAUUGCUACAUUCCCUUCAGAACUACGGGAAGAGGUCCUUCUGACAUCUUCUGAUGCCAUUCUUGCUAAUUUAACACCUGCUCUUGUGGCGGAAGCAAAUAUGUUGCGCGAGAGGUUUGCACGGAGGUAUAACCGAACACUUUUUGGUAUGUAUCCUAGAAGUCGUAGAGGCGACUCUAGGCGGAAUGAACAAUUGGACAGGGCUGGUGGAACCCUUUCACGUAGAUCAGCUGGAAGUAAGCCUCUGGAGGCCGAUGGGUCUCCCUUAGUCGACACUGAGGGCUUAAGAGCUUUGGUGCGGUUGCUCCGUGUAUUUCAGCCAAUUUACAAAGUCCCUCUACAGAGGCUGAUGUUGAAUCUCAGUGCACAUGCUGAAACAAGAACUGCUUUAGUGAAAAUAUUUAUGGACUUGUUGAUGCUUGAUGUCGGACAGCCUGCUAAUGAUCUGAAUACUGCUGAACCUCCAUAUCGACUAUAUGGUUGCCAAAGUAAUGUGAUGUAUUCGCGUCCUCAACAUCUUGAUGGAAUUCCUCCAUUACUAUCUCGGCGUGUUCUUGAGACACUUACAUACUUGGCAAAGAACCAUUCUUUAGUUGCAAAGACGCUACUUGAAUUCAGGCUCCCUCGACCAGUGCCAGAAGGGCCAAUAGUUCCGGAUCAGAGGCGAGGAAAAGCUGUUAUGGUUGAGGCUGAUGGACCAGAUAGAUGGCAGCUUGAAGGACAAGUAUCUCUUGCAUUGCUUUUGGGCCUUUUGAAUCAUCCCCUUUAUUUGAGAAGUGUUGCACAUCUAGAGCAGCUGUUAAAUCUGCUAGAUGUUGUAGUCCAAAAUACCGAAAGCAAAUCGAAUGCACGUGAAGAACCUGGCACAUCCUCUACAGAGCAACCGACUGGUCCUCCAAUCCAAUCUGCUACUGAAAUGAAUAAUGAAUCUCAUGCAGCUUCAUCUGAGGUUGAGGACAAAUCUGGAGCAUCAUCCUCUGUCGCAGGCAGAGACCAAAGUACUGAAAGUAUUCUACUUAGUCUACCACAAUUAGAACUUCGACUCCUGUGCUCAUUGCUUGCCAGAGAAGGUCUUUCAGACAAUGCUUACUCUUUGGUAGCUGAGGUACUAAAAAAGUUGGUGGCCAUAGCUCCCGCCAUUUGUCAUUUAUUUAUUACUGAGCUUGCUGGCUCUGUGCAAAGUCUGACCAGAUCUGCAAUGGAUGAGUUAAACAAGUUUAGGGAAGUAGAAAAAGCACUGCUCAGUACCACUUCCACUGAUGGCGCUGUGAUACUCAGGGUUUUACAAGCAUUAAGCUCUCUUGUUGCUUCAAUUGGUGACAAGAACAACGAUAAUCAAAUUAUUUCUGAGAAGGAGCACGGUGCUACUAUCUCCCUGGUUUGGGACAUUAACACAGCUUUAGAACCUCUAUGGCAGGAGCUGAGCACUUGCAUUAGCACAAUAGAGAGUUUUUCUGAAACAGCACCCAACCUGUCUCGCUCAUCCAUUGUUACCACAUCUAAACCUGCUGGAGCAAUGCCUCCGCUCCCUGCAGGCACACAAAACAUUUUACCGUACAUAGAGUCCUUCUUUGUGAUGUGUGAGAAGUUGCAUCCUGGGCAUUUGGGUGCAGGGCAGGAGUUUAGUAAUGCUACAGUUCCUGAUCCAGAAGAAGCUACCGCUUCUGCUAUGCAGCCGAAAACACCUACAUCUGCAACGAAAGUUGAUGAGAAGCACAUUGCUUUUGUAAAAUUUGCAGAGAAGCACAGAAAACUUCUUAAUGCUUUUGUUCGGCAGAAUCCUGGACUACUGGAGAAGUCUUUCUCCAUCAUGCUGAAGGUUCCUCGUUUUGUUGAUUUUGACAAUAAAAGAUCCUACUUUAGAUCUAAGAUUAAACAUCAACACGAUCAUCAUCACAGUCCUCUGAGAAUUUCUGUGAGAAGAGCUUAUAUACUUGAAGAUUCAUAUAAUCAGCUGCGCAUGAGGACAACUCAAGAAUUGAAAGGGAGAUUGACUGUACAUUUCCAAGGGGAAGAAGGGAUUGAUGCUGGUGGACUAACUAGGGAAUGGUAUCAGUUACUGUCCAGAGUAAUUUUUGAUAAGGGAGCACUAUUGUUUACUACGGUUGGCAAUGAAUCAACAUUUCAGCCAAAUCCCAACUCUGUGUACCAAACUGAGCACCUCUCAUACUUCAAAUUUGUUGGGCGAGUUGUUGGGAAGGCGCUAUUUGAUGGUCAACUUCUUGAUGUUCAUUUUACACGGUCCUUCUACAAGCAUAUACUUGGUGCUAAAGUGACAUAUCAUGAUAUCGAAGCUAUUGAUCCUGACUACUUCAAAAAUUUGAAAUGGCUGCUUGAGAAUGACAUAAGUGAUAUUUUAGACCUUACAUUCAGCAUUGAUGCUGAUGAAGAGAAGUUGAUACUUUAUGAACGCAAUGAGGUGACUGACUAUGAACUAAUCCCGGGUGGACGAAAUAUCAGAGUUACUGAGGAAAAUAAGCAACAGUAUGUUGACUUGGUUGCUGAGCAUCGGUUGACAACUGCUAUCCGCCCUCAGAUAAAUGCAUUUUUGGAAGGAUUCAGUGAAUUGAUUCUGCGGGAGCUGAUCUCUAUUUUUCACGACAAGGAACUUGAGUUGUUAAUUAGCGGUCUCCCAGACAUCGAUCUUGAUGACUUAAAGGCAAAUACAGAAUAUUCUGGAUACAGCCCAGCUUCACCUGUUAUUCAGUGGUUUUGGGAAGUAGUUCAAGCUUUUAGCAAGGAAGACAAAGCUCGCCUUCUUCAAUUUGUCACUGGGACCUCAAAGGUGCCGUUGGAGGGGUUUAGUGCACUGCAAGGAAUUUCAGGUUCCCAGAAAUUUCAGAUCCACAAAGCUUAUGGCAGUGCUGAUCACUUGCCUUCAGCACAUACAUGUUUCAACCAGUUGGAUCUACCAGAGUAUCCCUCUAAAGAGCAUCUAGAGGAGAGACUACUGCUUGCCAUUCAUGAAGCCAACGAAGGAUUCGGAUUUGGUUAAAACACCAGUGGGUCUCUGAAUUAGAUUCUGUAGAUAAUUUCCAUGUUAAAAAAGAGAUUUUUUUUUAUACAGGAGAACAGUCCAAGGGCAUUUUAAGUCUGUGAGAUACCUGUCUAUAAUGCUGUACAGUCUAUUUGCUAUGCCAAAUGAUCCUGGCAGUUCUUUUUUUGCCAA